AUGGCUUCGGCGAAGACGGCUCGGUCCAGAGGCACGCCGGUCAAAGAGAACGGCGUCAAGCUCGAGGAAGGCCUCAAUGUCUUCAAGUCUGAUAAGUUCGAUUCCCAAGGCUAUGUUCAGUCACGAUGCUCUCUCAAUGAAAAGGAAAUAAGACAAUUAUGUUCAUAUCUUUUGGACUUAAAGAGAGCUUCUGCCGAGGAAAUGCGUAGAAGUGUCUAUGCUAACUACACGGCAUUCAUACGCACUUCCAAAGAGAUAUCAGAUUUGGAGGGGGAGCUUUCUUCUAUCAGAAACCUGCUAUCUACUCAAGCUGCUUUGAUUCAUGGUCUAGCUGAAGGAGUUAAUAUUGGUUCCUUAUCUGUUUCUGAAGGUUCUACUGCAAAUGGUGUAUUAAUUUCUGAAGAUAAAGAACCUUCAGACCUGGAAAAGUGGUUAGUAGAAUUUCCUGAUCUCUUGGAUGUUCUGUUGGCUGAGAGGAGAGUGGAUGAAGCUUUAGAUGCCUUGGAUGAAGGUGAACGUGUGGCUGCUGAAGCAAAACAACUGAAGCUGUUGGAUCCAGCAUUACUCAUGUCUCUGCAGAAUUCUAUUGUCGAGCGCAGGCAAAGGUUAGCUGAUCAGCUUGCCGAGGCUGCUUGCCAGCCUUCGACCCGCGGUGGUGAACUUCGUGCAGCUAUAUCAGCACUUAAAAGGCUUGGGGAUGGCCCUCGUGCACACAGUUUGCUGCUCAAUGCACAUUUCCAAAGAUAUCAGUAUAAUAUGCAAAGCCUUCGUCCAUCGAGCACCUCAUAUGGAGGAGCAUAUACUGCUGCACUCUCACAGAUGGUGUUCUCUGCUAUUGCUCAAGCUGCCAGUGAUUCCUCGGCUAUAUUUGGCAAAGAAACAGAUUAUACUUCAGAGCUUGUGAUGUGGGCAAUAAAGCAAACCGAGGCUUUUGCCCUUCUCAUUAAAAGGCAUGCAUUAGCUUCAUCAGCAGCUGCUGGGGGAUUAAGAGCUGCCGCAGAGUGUGUUCAAAUAGCAUUAGGUCAUUGUUCCUUGUUGGAAGCUCGUGGUUUGGCACUUUGUCCUGUGCUUUUGAAACUCUUUAGGCCUAGUGUUGAACAAGCACUAGAAGCUAAUUUAAAACGAAUUGAAGAAAGCACUGCUGCCCUAGCUGCUGCUGAUGACUGGGUUCUUACAUAUGCUCCAACAGCUACACGGCAACCUGGCAGGCCUUCAAGUACAUCCCUUAAUACGACAGCAUUCCAACAUAAACUCACAAGUAGUGCACAUCGAUUCAAUUUGAUGGUCCAGGAUUUCUUUGAGGAUGUAGGACCAUUGCUCAGUAUGCAAUUGGGUGGUCAGACAUUGGAAGGUUUGCUCCAAGUUUUUAAUUCAUAUGUGAACAUGCUCAUAAAAGCAUUACCGGGUUCAAUGGAGGAAGAAGCAAACUUUGAAGGUUCUGGGAAUAAAAUUGUUCGUAUAGCUGAGAAUGAAGCUCAACAGAUUGCUUUGCUGGCGAAUGCAUCAUUAUUAGCAGAUGAGCUACUUCCACGUGCAGCCAUGAAGCUGUCUCCACUGAAUCAGGCUGCUUCCAGGGAUGAUCUUCGUAGAAGAUCAUCAGAUAGGCAAAACCGGCAUCCUGAGCAAAGGGAGUGGAAGAGGCGGCUGGGCAGCUCAGUUGAUAGAUUAAAAGAUAGUUUUUGUCGUCAGCAUGCUCUAGAUCUCAUUUUCACAGAGGAUGGUGAUAGCCAUCUUUCUGCUGAUAUGUACAUAAACAUGGAUGGGAAUGUGGAUGAGGUUGAGUGGUUUCCAUCCCUAAUAUUCCAGGAACUUUUUGUAAAACUAAACAGAAUGGCCAGUAUAGCUGCAGAAAUGUUUGUAGGCAGGGAAAGAUUUGCUACAUUGCUAUUAAUGAGACUGACAGAAACUGUCAUAUUGUGGCUUUCGGAAGACCAGAGCUUCUGGGAUGAUAUUGAGGAUGGGCCAAGGCCUUUAGGCCCCCUUGGCUUACAACAAUUCUAUCUGGAUAUGAAGUUUGUCAUAUGCUUUGCUUCACAAGGUCGUUACCUAUCUCGAAAUUUGAAUCGAGUUGUAAAUGAGAUCAUAUCGAAAGCCAUGACAGCAUUUUCUGCAACAGGCAUGGAUCCCAAUAGUGUGCUUCCGGAAGAUGACUGGUUCAAUGACAUGUGUCAAGAUGCAAUAGAAAGAUUGAGUGGAAGACCAAAAGCCGCAAACGGGGACCGGGAUCUUAACAGCCCAACUGCUUCCGUUUCAGCACAAUCAAUCUCGUCUGUUAGAUCUCAUGGGAGUUCCUGA